UCGUGCGCAGUAAAUAGUAGAUGAUUUUAUAGCAUCUAUCUAGUAGCUAGUGGAGAGCAUUCAUUAAAAUUCUUUAAAUGAGAACCACAUAAUUCAAAAAAUAGGAAAUAUACGAUCAUCACAAUAUCAGAUCAUACAAAUUUUAAUUUAAUUAUAAUAAUAAAAAAAUCUGCACUCUGUUUUGAGGUUUGACUACUAUUCAGUAAAAAAAUGUGGUUUCUUGGUUGGAAAGGACCAUCGGGAUUCUCAGCUUCCUCAACCGCCGAUCAAGUCACUCAAGGAAUCGAUGGAACCGGUCUCACUGCCAUCGUCACAGGAGCAUCAAGUGGUCUUGGUUUGGAAACAACCAGAGUUAUUGCUUUGCGUGGUGUUCAUGUUGUUAUGGCAGUUAGGAAUGUGAACAAUGGAAUGAAUAUCAGAGAAACUAUACUUAAGGAAAUUCCUGCUGCUAAAAUUGAUGUUAUGGAAUUAGAUCUUAGCUCUAUGGCAUCUGUCAGGAAAUUUGCAGCUGAUUUUAACUCCUCUGGGCUUCCACUUAACAUUCUAAUUAACAAUGCAGGGCUUAUGGCUACUCCAUUCAUGCUUUCCCAAGACAAUAUUGAAUUGCAGUUUGCAACCAAUCAUUUAGGCCAUUUUCUGUUGACAAACCUUUUAUUAGAGACUAUGAAAAAAACUGUAAGAGAGUGCAGCCGGGAAGGCAGGAUAGUUAUUGUAUCAUCAGAGGCUCACAGAUUUGCAUAUAGUGAAGGGAUUCGAUUCGAUAAGAUCAACAAUGAAUCAGUAUAUAGCAGUUAUUCUGCCUAUGGACAAUCAAAGCUUGCGAAUAUUUUACAUGCCGAUGAGCUUGCAAGGCGCUUGAAGGAAGAAGGAGUGCAAAUAACUGUUAACUCACUUCAUCCUGGUACAAUUAUAACAAAUAUUCUACGGUACCAUGGUUAUUUUAACGCCGUUGCUAAUAUGGUGGGCAAGUACUUCCUUAAAAAUGUGCAACAGGGAGCUGCAACCCAAUGUUACGUUGCAUUGCAUCCACAGGUAAAGGGAAUAUCUGGUGAAUACUUUGUGGAUAGCAAUAAGGGAAGCCCAACUUCUUUAGCUAAAGAUAAAGAACUGGCGCAAAAACUUUGGGAAUUAAGUGUAAGUUUGUCUAAUACAAAGUAGCUUUGAGGUUUGUUUGACUCAAAUCUUGCUACCCUAAGCUAGAGCAAAGUUCAUGUGCAAAACAACUAUUUGUAUUAAAAAAAGUUUCAGAGAUUUAGAAAUGCAUAGUAGUUAUUAAACUUUUACAUCUUGAAGCUUUUUAGUAAUCAAUAGCUUAGACUAUCCAUUUAGUUGUUUAAGAUGGUUAUUGUUUACUUAUACAUCUUGAACCUUUUUAGUAUCAAUAGCUCAGACUAACCCAUUACUUGUUUGAAA